CGUCUGUGCCGGGCAGGUCGUGCACGGCACUGGCGUGGCAGUGGAGCAGCUCUGGGGGCUGGCAGUCACGCGUUGCCUUUUGUUGAUUCUAAAAACACGGCUGGUUCUGGUGGGAAGCUGAGCGUGGCUGUGUGCUGGGGAGGUUGCACGGCACACAGCCUCGGUUCCUGCUCCGCGGAAGGAAAUCCCAUCGGGACAGUAGGCUGUGGCGUGAAAGGACAUGUUUUAAAAUAAAAGGACUUAAAGAGAGAAAAUAAACCGUCCUGAGACUCGGAGCUUGGAAUAUUAAACGUGAGGCACAGCAUGUAAAUGACUGGAGAGAGAUUGCAAGGCAGUCCCCGAGAAACUGAGCCUGGCUGUAAAAUAAGCAGGUUACCGAUAGUCUUGCAUAUAUUUACGAGGUUAUAAGAGUAGCUUUCCCCCCUGCCCUGCUCCAGCCCGUGCUGUGGGAGGUUGUUCUCCAGGAAGAAGAGCUUUGGUGAAGAAACAUUGUCUAGCAAUUACAGCCUUGCAAUCUGGAGAGCUUGAUUAGGUUCCUGAAUCUGCCAGCGACUCGCUGUGUUCUUGGACCAGCCAGGGUGGCUGUCAGUACCCGGGGUUUCCAGCUUUAUAAUACGAGGAGUAGUUUUCUAACUCGCAGCAAAGUUGGGGAAGCUCAGCGGACGCUUGCAGCCGCCACAGUGCUUGAAGCUCGUGAAUGGAAAGUGGGACAGAAAUGUGGAGUGUGAGCCCUGCACAUGAUGAGACGUCGGUGAGCAGCGAGGACUUUGAUAUGAACGACUCCACAUGGAUCUCAGCUGACCAGCACCUGAACUCCAGCCUGAGCCCCAGCCAGGACGAGAGCAUGCGCAGCCCGCAGAACCUGCACGGCCAUGAGGAUGAUGACUCCUCGUCAGAGAGCUGCAGUGGGAAUGGCUCCUCCACCCUGAACCCCUCCACCUCCAGCAGCACGCAGGGUGACAGUGCCUUCCCCGAAAUGAACGGCAAUGGCACCGCAGCCCCCAUGGACUUCACCGCCUCGGCUGACGACCAGCCCAUCAACCUCUGCGACAAGCUCACGCCUGCCCACAUCACCCCUUCCUACCAGUCUGACAGCUGCAGUGCCGACGGGCUGCGCAGCAGGGUCAAGUACGGGGUCAAGACCACAGCAGAGUCCCCCCCGUACAGCUCUGGCAGCUAUGACUCCAUUAAGACAGAGGUGAGCGGCUGCCCCGAGGACCUGACUGUUGGCAGGGCCCCCACAGCUGAUGAAGAUGAUGAUGACCACGAUGACCAUGAAGACAAUGACAAGAUCAAUGACUCGGAGGGGAUGGACCCAGAGAGGCUAAAGGCCUUCAAUAUGUUCGUGCGCCUUUUUGUGGACGAGAACCUGGACCGGAUGGUUCCCAUCUCCAAGCAGCCCAAGGAGAAGAUCCAGGCCAUCAUUGAGUCCUGCAGCCGGCAGUUCCCCGAGUUCCAGGAGCGAGCGCGCAAGCGCAUCCGCACCUACCUCAAAUCCUGCCGUCGCAUGAAGAAGAAUGGGAUGGAGAUGACAAGGCCCACGCCGCCUCACCUGACCUCAGCCAUGGCAGAGAACAUCCUGGCCGCCGCCUGCGAGAGCGAAACGCGGAAAGCAGCCAAGAGGAUGCGGCUGGAGAUCUACCAGACCUCCCAGGACGAACCGAUCGCUCUAGACAAGCAGCACUCCAGAGACUCCACAGCCAUCACCCACUCCUCCUACUCACUGCCAGCUUCAUCUUACUCCCAAGACCCAGUCUACAUCAAUGGAAGCCUGAACUACAGCUACCGUGGCUACGGCUCCUUGGGGGGCAGCCUGCAGCCCCCCGCAUCCCUCCAGACGGGCAACCACAGUAAUGGUCCGACCGAUCUCAGUAUGAAAGGUGGGGCCUCCAGCACAGCCCCCUCCAACAGCACCAGCCGGGGCAUGCAGGCGGCCCAGCUGAGCCCCACGGAGAUCAGCGCCGUGCGGCAGCUCAUCGCCGGCUACCGGGAGUCAGCGGCGUUCCUGCUCCGCUCUGCAGACGAACUGGAAAACCUCAUUUUACAGCAGAACUGACUCCCCGUGUCUGCAUCGCUCCUCGGUCGACAAGACAAUUUAUACCUGCUAGAAAGAGGCUCCCGGCGGUGUCCUGCUCAGGACCACCAUUGUCCUCCCACCACGUGGUGGGCACAUGUAGUUUUAGAAGGUGGGAUCCAAAAGACCUGUUUUCUUUUACACUCCAAGCACCUGGGACUUCAGGCACAAGGACACGUUUUGGAACCAUACCAACAUCGUGCCUCUGGCUGACCAGAAGCCAAACCCUGAAGCUUGGAAGGAUGUGGGACUUUGAAGGGCAGAAGGGAGCCUGGGGAGGUUUGGGGCUGCAGAUGUAUUUAGAAUAACCUUUGUGGACCCAAAUGUUAGAUUCCCAUCCCUGGAUAAUUUCCAAGUCUUAGGUGAGCUGAAUCACAUAUUUAUUGAGAAAUGGACCCUCCUCUCCCCUUAGUAAUUUAUUUUUCUGAAAAUGGAUUCUUUUGAGUUUGUACAGAUUGCCAGUUUUUUGUCUGUCUGAUCAGAAGGAAUUUAUUCCUGUGAAAUAACACAUUCCAUAUCACUACACUACUAA